CUCAGCUUGCGUGAUCGGUCCACAAAGACAAUGUCUCCCGACUCGAAAAAACAUUUAUAAAAAUAAACUCUCCCGAACGAUCCUGAUAUAAUUUGUUGUACAGUGCGGUGUGAUUGUUGUGCGUCCUUGUGUAUAUUUAUACAUAAGCAUCCUCCUUAUUAUGUAUAUUUAUACAGUCGGAAUCGAAUCGUCUCACGAAGAUUAAUGCAUUAGUGACGGCAAAAAAUAAAAAGAAACGACGUAAUGGAAGGGCACAGACUUGUUCGUUUUUUAUACCGAUGAUAGUACGCGUUUGUUUUAAAAAUAACCAUGUGGACGACAAUAGCGACUCGUCUGGUAUUGCUUCUCCUUUACAUUGUUGUUAUAGGAAAUUGUUCGGAAGAUGAAGAAAGGCUGGUCAGAGACCUUUUCAGAGGAUACAACAAGCUCAUUCGGCCUGUCCAAAACAUGACAGAAAAAUUGGACGUUCGAUUUGGUCUAGCUUUUGUUCAACUUAUCAACGUUAACGAGAAAAAUCAAAUUUUGAAAUCCAAUGUCUGGUUGCGCCUGGUGUGGACGGACUACCAGCUUCAAUGGGAUGAAGCUGAUUAUGGUGGUAUAGCCGUCCUUAGAUUGCCACCAGAUAAAGUAUGGAAACCUGAUAUAGUUUUAUUUAAUAAUGCUGAUGGGAAUUACGAAGUCAGAUACAAAUCAAACGUUUUGAUUUAUCCAAACGGUGAGGUGCUAUGGGUACCGCCAGCAAUUUAUCAAAGCUCGUGUACGAUAGAUGUAACAUAUUUCCCCUUCGACCAGCAGACGUGUAUUAUGAAAUUCGGCUCGUGGACAUUUAACGGCGACCAAGUGUCGUUGGCCUUGUACAACAACAAAGAAUUCGUCGACUUGUCCGACUAUUGGAAAUCUGGCACGUGGGACAUUAUCGAAGUGCCGGCUUACCUCAACAUCUACGAGGGAAACCACCCCACCGAAACCGAUAUCACAUUUUACAUUAUAAUAAGGAGAAAAACAUUGUUCUAUACAGUGAAUUUAAUACUUCCCACGGUUCUUAUCUCGUUUUUAUGCGUCCUCGUUUUUUAUUUGCCAGCAGAAGCCGGCGAAAAGGUUACUUUAGGAAUAAGUAUUUUACUCUCACUGGUUGUAUUCCUAUUGCUAGUGUCAAAAAUUCUGCCACCAACAUCGUUAGUGCUGCCACUCAUAGCCAAAUAUCUCCUUUUUACGUUCAUCAUGAACACUGUUAGUAUAUUAGUGACAGUAGUCAUAAUCAAUUGGAACUUUAGAGGUCCAAGGACACACAGAAUGCCUUCGUGGAUUCGUUCCGUAUUCCUGAACUACCUACCUGCCAUGCUUCUGAUGAAAAGACCUAGAAAAACUAGGUUGAGGUGGAUGAUGGAAAUGCCUGGCAUGGGAGUCCCGCCACAUCCCUAUGGCUCUCCAGGGGACAUCCCUAAACACAUUAGUUCUGUUGAGUCGCAAAGCAAAGUGGAAGUGAUGGAACUGUCAGAUCUACACCAUCACCCUAAUUGUAAGAUUAACAGGAAAACGCCUGCCGAUCUAGGUGUGGCUGUUGGUCCGGAUAGCUGUAGAAGAGAGAGCGAAAGCUCAGAUUCAAUUCUUCUUUCUCCGGAAGCUUCUAAAGCAACGGAAGCUGUGGAGUUCAUCGCAGAACACUUACGCAACGAAGAUUUGUACAUACAGACACGCGAAGACUGGAAAUAUGUGGCAAUGGUGAUAGACAGGCUUCAGCUCUAUAUGUUUUUCAUAGUGACUACAGCAGGAACAGUAGGCAUAUUGAUGGACGCUCCCCACAUCUUCGAGUACGUCGAUCAAGAUAAAAUAAUCGAAAUCUACCGCGGGAAAUAGAAUGAAAAGAAAAUGAGAAAUAAAGAGCUUCCUAUGAUCCGGUCUCUCAAAUCAUGUGGCUUCCAAAAGCGAGAUUCGCAAAGGCCUAGUUCGGUAAAAAAGUGACUGGUGACAAAUUAAAAAAAUAAAAUACAAAUAGAAUUUAAAGAAAUGGAAAUCGUUUCCUAAAAGAUUAAAUGAUAAUCGAAAAUUACACCGAUAGUUAUCUGUGCGUGCAUCAUUCGGUAAAACACUUUAUUUAAUAUAUCGCCAAUUGACAAUCGAUUAAAAUCAGUGAGUGUAUAAUACGGAAAAAUUCUACAUACUCGCCUGGCUCCACUAAAACCUUAAAUAAUCACACAGACAAAAUAUACAAAACCAAAAAAUAUUCAGCAUACAGGGUGUUUUAAAAAACAUGUGCCAUCUCUCGUGGGGAGAUUCCUCA